AAUAGCAUAGUUACAAUAAACUUCCGCCUUUAAGGCUAAAACGCUAAACAAUGCAUUCUUCGGCUAAUUCUGAUUUUGUGUUUGACUACAACUGUCUUCCAUGUUCCAGGAGCAAGCGUAAUUCGGAAGCGGAAUCUUACUGUGGCGACUGCAAAUCGCAGAUGUGUAAACCUUGUUUGGAAGCACACAAAAGGUUAUAUUCCGGACAUAAGGUUUUCGGACAAAAUCAGCGGAGUACGUGGGGCUUGUGUAAAAAUGAAGAAGAAAUUUGCGGAAAACAUGUACAAAAUAUUCUCGAUAGAAAGAAAUGCACUGGUUGUGAAGUGGAUGACAAAAUCAAAAGGUUACAAGAACAACAUACAAAGGAGAUGUCGGUCCUGGAGUCUCGCAUCAAAUCAUUAACAGACAAGAAACUGUUGCAGCAACGACAGGAAAUAGACGAAAAGUUGAAGCCGUUAACCGGUUCGAGUUAUGCCGGUAUUUGGCUGUGCCUCGGACAAGUAAGCGUUUUAAAAUUUGUCGAGACAUAUACUGAAUUGUACGACAAUCAAUGGACAGAUGCCUAUGAAGCUGUGGAACAGUUCGUUGUAGAUGAAUCAACAAUUACUCAAAUUCUUCUUAAAGCAUUUGAGAAGACUUACACAGCUGCAAUAAGAACAGUUGGUUCUCAAAGGAAAAUGAUCUGCGAGAGCCUUGGACAUCUACAAGUACUUUUAAGACCGUCACAGAGCGUCAACAUUCCAACAGAAACUAUUGCACGGCAAAUCCAAUGCUCUGUAAUGUAUGAUACAGUUCAGGCUAUCACUGAUGCAGUACUAAAAGAGAUAACAAUGGAGAGAUACGGUCUUGAGUUUAAAACGUAUGUGAAAGCAUGUGCAGAGCUUUGUGUUCAGAUGGCCAUAUCGCCCAAACCGCCACACGUGGAGUUUCACCAGUCUCCAAACGGAAUGAGGUUUGAUACGGAAAUAUACAAGUAUUACACUAAACUUGGACCAAAGAUUGAAUUCUUUGUUUGGAAGCCAAUGUAUGUUAAAAAGGAUGGUCCUUUACUGUGCAAGGGUGUUGCACAAGGGAUGAAAUGAAACAAAAGAAGAACAUAUGGGACAUGAUGUUUAGUUAUGUGUUUUUUUAUUUAUAUGGUGCUGGUUACCUUAAGAAGUAUUAUAUUUGUUAUUAUGUCAAUGAAUGGUAUUUGUCUAUGACAGAUACUAGUAAUCUUAGACAAAAUACCAUAAAUGUCACUUUCGGAUUGUGUUGCCGUUAUCAAUUAUAAGGAUAACAGAUUGUAAAUGUAAAAUUACGACUUAUUUGCAAUUUAUUGCUAUUAUUGAGUGAUUAUUCAUUGAUUGUAUGUGUUUUCCGAUGCUUGGAGACAUUUAUCAGUGAUAUUUCAUUUAUUCAUUUCCCGAAAUUUUAGAACGACACCAAGAAUAUAGAAAUUCAAUAACGACACGAAGAAUUUAGAAAAUCCAUAACGACAAAUAACAAGGGCUUAACUCUAUUUAUGACUGUUUUAAAUUUAUAUAACGUCUGUCGAACACAAACAGCUACUUCUGUUGUUUUUUCGGCAAGAAAUUGGUUAAGGUGUUGCGACCUUGUAUUUUUACUUAACAUUUUUACACAGUGGUAGGUGCUGACAUUGUCCAGACGGUGGUAGGGUAGAUGGUUGAAUGGUUACCUGUCGGUAGAGAUGACCCAAUGUGGGAUCAGCUAUGCCUUUGUACGCUACUGUUUCUGAUAAUAACAUAAAUAUCUAGUAGCAUUUAAACUACAUGAUCAAUAAAAUACCCCCUCUAAACAAUACUUUUCAAAGAUUUUUUUCUAUCAAGCUAGAUUAUUAAUAACACUUUUACCAACUGCACAUCAAUAUACCAUGCUUUAAUUAUCAUGUAUAUAAUGCUACACGUUUUUCUAAGUAGUUUCCUUUAAAUUUUUAUUCACUGAUGAUACCAACUGUGUAAACUCUUUUUCUUUUACCGGUUAUGCUUACAAACUAUUUAAAUGCAAUUAAUGUACUUGUUUAUUUAUGUUUUUGAAUUCGUACAAGGUGUGAGUGUUCUUUUUUUAUCUAUAAGUUCAAAUUUUCAUCACUCUUUAUAAUGUUUUGUUUGAUUGCAUAAUUUGAUUGACUUAAUCUGUAGGAAAAACUUCGCGUGUUUGGACUUUCGAGACAGCUGGUUUUCUCUUACACAAACCAAUAAAGGCAAAUCAAUCUAUAGUUAAUUUUACACAUAAAUGUGUAUUAGUGUGUAUAACAUUUUGUAGCUGUUUUCCAUAACUUAUUGAUAUUAUCACUGUUUUCAAUGCUAUAAUCCAACUUUUGUAAUUGAAUGCAUUUAUAAAAUAAGCAAUGGCUUUUGUAAAUACUUAUUCUAAUAUUUGUUACUAUAUGCUUUUAUUUCCAGGUCACAAGCUCUUUGCUUUGUUUUGACAUGUUUGUAGUUAUUCAUGUCGGAAAAAAGUACAUUGAGCUAAUGUUUCUUGUUAACAUAUACCCGACUUUGAAUAAAGAUUCUUGUUUCUUGUUA